UGGAUCCGAUUUGCUCGCUGCCGAAUCAGCAAACAGCACGCUGGCCGGUACCGACCGCAAUCACACCAGAUUGACGUAUAACCCCCUGACGAUCUACAUCCCCAAUAGAAAGAGCAAGUGUUGCGACAUUUGCGUUCGUCAUGGCGUCUACGCUCCUGCUCUACACGCAAAACAUCACCCGGCACGCCAUCUCGUGGACUCCCCCGCGAGGACCCUCGUUGUCUGGCGAGAACUCGAACACCGAGCUCCUACAUGCGAUUCAUGCGUCCCUGCAUUAUGCGCUGGAUCCGUGCACCGAGCAUCCCGACGAAUCAGCGAGCUUCUGCUUCAGUGCAACCGACGAAGAGGCAGAGAGUUUAGGGGUACGCAAGGGAGGGCAGUUGAUCAUUCCCAAGGAAGCAGACCUUAAGCGCGCGAAGGACAACGAAGGCGAGAUCACCGUCAAGAUGUUCUUCUUUGAACCGCCCUCUUUACAGAGCACGCCGAAGGGGAAGGAGCGGGAGAAAGUCCGACAAACCUGGAUUGCCGAAGCAUUGACCGCCCUAGAGAAGGCGACGGGGAAGAAGGAGAUUGCCCGCUUCAUUGUCAAGUUAAAGGGCGUCAGAUGGGAUGGCCAAGACAAAUGGGAGGAAGUCGGGAUGCCAAAGGUUGAGGACGUGUGCGGCUUAUGGGAGACACUCUCCUGCAACCCUUCGAUCAAGACUAUAGGCGUUUCCGACUUCUCAGCGAAGCAUCUCUACAAGCUGUAUUCCGUCAUAGCAGACGUUCACUCUGCCAAACCUGUUGUGACAGAUCACCUCAACCUCUUCGACUGCGACUCUCCCCCGUGCAUGAAUCCGCCUGAUGACGUGCAGAUGGCUGCAGCUAAGAAGGGGGUUGAGUUAGUGGCUCACUCCGAUCCGCAUGACAUUCUUCCGACAAAGGCACUCACCGCCUUGCUAACCGAGUUUCAAGAACGACUGCCGUUGCCCAAGUCGUUUAAGGAAUACAGGGAUGCAGGAAAUGUGGAUCAGGCUGUAGCAGGGAGGUGGGUCAUUCGGUACACCGUGUUGAUUCGUGCCAGAGGUCUUUUGGUUGAUAGGGGUGAACUCACCUGGCGUUGGAAAAACGACAUUGAUUCCCCUUCUGCGACCAGGGCUCUCGCUCUCAGCUUGGGCGAACAUAGCGGCAUAAACUCCCCGAUCUCUAUCAGCGAUGAUUCCGACCAAGAUGAGGACUUGCUUCGAGCAAUCAAGCUCUCCAAAGCGGGUGCUCCCAGAGAACCAACGUCUCUCCCUCGAGAUACGCGUCCUUCCUCUGCGACCACUUCCUCUACGGUAAAGGCAUCAUUGAAUGACACACCCCUUUCGAAGCCAAAUGCAACCCAACCGGUUAAUUUUCUAAGUGAUCGUGCGACCUUGGAGAAAGAGAGAUUGGCGCGUCAAAAGCGACACCUAGAAACUACAGAAGCGGCUUCGAGCGCGCCUCCGAACAAGCGUGUCCGCACGGCACCUGCAGUUGCCAUAGCCUCCCUCUCCUCUUCUAUCUCUACAUCAAAACAUCCGUCGAUAAAUGCCGAGCUCUUCUUGGACGGUGAAGUGCGUCAAAAUAGGAACGCGCAUGUCCCCAAGAAUCCUGCGCGCCCUGUCUUUGGAAUGGCCGAGAUCCUCACACCGGUGUCUGAGCUACGGUUCGUGUUGACCUCCGCAUUUGGAACCGAUUUUGAGUGGUUGAGAUCUAUGAUCCCCGCUGGCGUACCACUAUUAUCUAUCAACCACCCCACCGAUAGAGAGCGCUGGGAACCGCAGAUUAAACCACUUCCUCUGGAUGGAUGGAUAUAUGCGACCCCGAAGAUGAACAAGGGCGGUAUUAUGCACGUUAAGCUAUUAUUGCUAUUCUAUAAGAAUGGCCGGCUGAGACUGGUUAUACCCACUGCGAACUUAGUUCCAGACGACUGGCGAGACAUCGAGAAUACCAUGUUUCUACAAGAUAUCCCUGCGAAAAACAAAGAUUCCUCAGCUGAACCACAUCCAUUCCCCGUCUAUCUUGCGUCCUUCCUCAAGAUACUUAAUGUGCAUAACGGUCUUUCUGCGCUCGUCCAAGGCGGUUAUCCUAAUCUGCCUCUCCCCUCACUGGAUGCCCUUGCUACGGGAUGGGACUGGAGCAGAGUAACAGCACAACUGGUUGGUAGCCCUGCUGGCAGUUACGAGGACUGGGAUAGUGUUCGCCGAUGGGGGCAUCCCAGAUUGGGCGAAGCAGUGCGCCAGCUCAAAGCGCAGCCACCAACAGGCAAGAGACUGAACCUGGAGUACCAGGGAUCGUCGAUCGGAAACUAUACAACCCAAUAUUUGAAUGACUUUUAUAAAUCAGGCUGCGGCUUGUCCCCCGAUGUUUCCAAACGGAGACCCAAAGCGCAGCCCUGGCCUGCUAUACAAAUUGUCUACCCAUCCCUGACGACCGUCGAUAAUACAGUCCUUGGUCGGCUGGGAGCAGGCUCGUUUUUCUGCAGGAAACAGUACUGGUCCAAACCGAAUGCACCAAGGAAGCUUUUCCGAGAUUCUCGAGCGCGGAGUGGGCGUGUGCUAAUGCAUACCAAGAUGAUUGUCGGCACGUUCGUUGACCCUGCUGAAAACGGGGCGAUCGCCAGCACGCCGCCGGCGACAUCUUUGCACAAAGGGAAGGGACGGGCUAGCGCUAAAAGCACGGUGAAAGUCCCCGAGCCCGGGUCCGAAUCGGACACUGAUCCCGAGCUAUCUGAUGUGGAGGAUAUGAAGAACCUUGUGGGAUGGGUAUAUGUUGGGUCUCAUAACUUCAGCAUGGCCGCGUGGGGUUCUGUGUCCGGCACGUUGAGCAAGCCCAAACUCUGGAUUUCGAACUUUGAGUUAGGGGUCGUGCUGCCCGUGCGGGACGAGGCAUGGCUCGACCGUGCAGUCCCUUGGGAGCGACCUGCACCUGGGUAUGGGAAGGGUGACGUGCCGUGGAUGCAGGAGGAGCACCUGUACAAGCUUGCGGGGGUUCAAAGCUUCUGACAUCUGCCUCGGCUUGAUGGACGUGGGUAUGCGGGAGUAUAAUUUCCUGUUGAGGGCGUUGUGGCUGGCUGGUCAAUAUGGAUGAGAAUGAUGAUGACAGAUGGAAAUUAGCGCCGUGGAUAUGUUCGAGAUAGGGGACGUUUGCCGGGUAGUUGACAGGCCGAGGGCUUGGGUUCGUCAGAGUAAGACAAGGAGUAUUCAAUUGGGGCGGGAAUAGACUGGCCGAGUG